UGGGCGCGGGUGUCGGCACUGGCCGGAGCUGGGAGCAGGGCCGCGGAGGACCCAGGAAGGCAGUUGGUGGUAAGCCCAGCCUGGGUCCUUGUGAGCAGCAGAGAGGAUAUGUGGCUGCUGUUGGCCCUGCUGGGGGUCCUGGUGGAGGUGCCUGGGGCUCCAGCUUUGUCCCUUGAAGCCUCUGAGGAAAUGGAGCUAGAGCCCUGCCUGGCCCCCAGCCCGGAGCAGCGAGAGCCGGAGCUGACCGUGGCCCUUGGGCAGCCUGUGCGGCUAUGCUGUGGCCGGGCUGAGCGUGGUGGCCACUGGUACAAGGAAGGCAGUCGCCUACCGCCUGCUGGCCGGGUACGAGGCUGGAGGGGCCGCUUGGAGAUCGCCAGCUCCCUACCGGAGGAUGCUGGCUGCUACCUCUGCCUGGCACGAGGCUCCAUGCUUGUCCUGCGCAAUGUUACCUUGGUUGUAGAUGACUCCUUGCCCUCCAGCAAUGGUAAUGAGGACCCUAAAGCCCACGGGGGCCCCUUGAAUGGGCACAUUUACCCCCAGCAAGCUCCCUACUGGACACACCCUCAGCGCAUGGAGAAAAAACUUCAUGCAGUGCCUGCCGGGAACACUGUCAAGUUCCGCUGUCCAGCUGCAGGCAACCCCACGCCCACCAUCCGCUGGCUCAAGGAUGGACAGGACUUCCAUGGGGAGCAUCGCAUUGGAGGCAUUCGGCUGCGCCACCAGCACUGGAGCCUGGUGAUGGAAAGUGUGGUGCCCUCGGACCGUGGCACAUACACUUGCCUCGUGGAGAACUCUAUGGGCAGCAUCCGCUAUAGCUAUCUGCUGGAUGUGCUGGAGCGGUCCCCGCACCGGCCCAUCCUGCAGGCGGGGCUUCCGGCCAACACCACAGCUGUGGCCGGCAGCAAUGUCGAGCUGCUCUGCAAGGUGUACAGCGAUGCCCAGCCCCACAUCCAGUGGCUGAAGCACAUCGUCAUCAAUGGCAGCAGUUUUGGGGCCGACGGCUUCCCCUACGUGCAAGUCCUGAAGACAGCAGACAUCAAUAGCUCAGAGGUGGAGGUCCUAUACCUUCGGAACGUGUCAGCUGAGGAUGCGGGCGAGUACACCUGCCUGGCGGGCAAUUCCAUUGGCCUCUCCUACCAGUCAGCCUGGCUCACGGUGCUGCCAGGUGAGCAGGAGGACCUCACAUGGACAGCAGCGGCGCCAGAGGCCAGGUACACGGACAUCAUUCUGUACGUGUCAGGCUCUCUGGCUCUGGUUGUCUUCCUGCUGCUGGCCGGGCUGUAUCGAGGGCAGGUACUCAUCAGCCGGCACCCCAGGCAGCCCGCCACCGUGCAGAAGCUGUCCCGCUUCCCUCUGGCCCGACAGUUCUCCCUGGAGUCGGGUUCUUCGGCCAAGUCAAGCUCCUCCUUGGUGCGGGGUGUCCGUCUCUCCUCCAGUGGCCCUCCCUUGCUCGCUGGCCUUGUGAGUCUAGACCUACCUCUCGACCCACUGUGGGAGUUCCCCCGGGACAGGCUAGUGCUCGGGAAGCCGCUGGGUGAGGGCUGCUUUGGGCAGGUGGUGCGGGCAGAGGCCUUCGGCAUGGACCCCACCCGGCCUGACCAAGCCAGCACCGUGGCUGUCAAGAUGCUCAAGGACAACGCCUCCGACAAGGACUUGGCAGACCUGGUCUCUGAGAUGGAGGUGAUGAAGCUGAUUGGCCGACACAAGAACAUUAUCAAUCUGCUGGGCGUCUGUACUCAGGAAGGGCCCCUGUAUGUGAUUGUGGAGUGUGCCGCCAAGGGAAACCUGCGGGAGUUCCUGAGGGCCCGGCGGCCCCCAGGCCCCGACCUCAGCCCUGACGGGCCGAGGAGCAGUGAGGGGCCGCUUUCCUUCCCUGCCCUGGUUUCCUGCGCCUACCAGGUGGCCCGAGGCAUGCACUAUCUAGAGUCCAGGAAGUGCAUCCACCGGGACCUGGCUGCCCGGAACGUACUGGUGACAGAGGACAAUGUGAUGAAGAUUGCCGACUUUGGGCUGGCCCGUGGUGUCCACCACAUUGACUACUACAAGAAAACCAGCAAUGGCCGCCUGCCUGUCAAGUGGAUGGCACCUGAGGCCUUAUUUGACCGAGUCUACACACACCAGAGUGACGUGUGGUCGUUUGGGAUCCUGCUGUGGGAGAUCUUCACCCUCGGGGGCUCCCCGUACCCCGGCAUUCCCGUGGAGGAGCUGUUCUCACUGCUGCGGGAGGGCCAUCGGAUGGACCGGCCCCCGAACUGCCCCCCAGAGCUGUACGGGCUGAUGCGAGAGUGCUGGCACGCAGCGCCCUCUCAGAGGCCUACUUUCAAGCAGCUGGUGGAGGCACUGGACAAGGUCCUGCUGGCCGUCUCCGAGGAGUACCUAGACCUCCGCCUGACCUUUGGACCCUACGCCCCCACCGGUGGGGAUGCCAGCAGCAUCUGCUCCUCCAUCGACUCUGUCUUCUGCCACGACCCCCUGCCCCUGGGGCCCCGCGCCUUCUCCUUCCCUGCGGCACAGACAUGA